AUGCAAGCCUUAUUACAACUUCCGACACCGAAUAAUACUCUAAGCAGCCUACAGAAAUAUUACGAUCAACUGGAAUCAUACAUUCGCGGUUUAGAAUCCCUUGGUCAACCUCAAGAGACAUACGGAUCUCUACUUGUACCAGUAGUGAUUGGUAAACUUCCGGUAGAAAUACGGAAAAAUUUAGCAAGGGAACACAGAAGCGAUAGCUGGAUUUUAGCUGACCUUCGAAAGGCACUCCAUCAAGAGAUCACAAUUAUGGAUGUGGGACAAACGACACUUAUACCGGAAGUAGAUGCGCUCGACCCUACUGCUUCAUUUUUCACCGGAACUAGACAGAAAUCAACUAAACCAAAUAUUAGAAGAACAGAUACAGUUAAGACUGAUGCUAUAAAAACAUGUGUAUACGGCAAUGAACAACAUUCGCCAAACAAUUGUACGAAGGUUUGUACUCAUGACUCGCGGUUCGAAAUUAUUAAAACGAAACACUUAAAUUUUAACUGCUUAGGAAAUCACCAAGUAACAAAAUGCAGAUCAAACUACAGAUGCCGUAAUUGUAAAAGGACACAUUAUACCUGUAAAUGCGAAACUAGUUUGCGUCAAUUUACAGGGUCUACACAGCACACAGAUCGGUGUGAUACAACUAUACAUGUACUUCACUUUGCAACACAGUCGAAACCAAAUGUUUUAUUAAAGACAGCUAUCGCAGAAGUUUGUUCCAAACAAUAUAGUACCCAAGCUAAUAUAUUGUUUGAUGAAGGUGCACAAGGUUCUUUCAUUACUGAGGAAUUAGCCGAGAAAUUACAACUUUCCCGUAGUCAUACUGAGAUAAUUCACCUUACGUCCUUUGGAGAUUCAAACCAAUCUGUCAGACACAUGAGCUCUGGAACAAUCUACCUAGUCACGGAUGCCGGAUAUAAGAUAGCCAUUCAGGUUCUAAUUGUUCCAACUAUAGCAGUUCCCCCUCAAAAUCUUCCGAGUAGUGUAAACAAUUUACCAUACUUACAGGGGCUUAAAUUGGCACAUCCCUUAGUCCAACAAGAUUCAUUUGAUAUUUCGCCUCUGAUAGGUGCAGAUUUCUACUGGAAGAUAGUUCAGAAUCGGGUAAUUCGUGGACAUGGACCUACGGCCGUAAGCUCAAAGAUCGGAUACCUUUUGUCAGGACCCCUUCAGAAGACACCAUGUACAUACACAACAAAUCAUAUACUAAAUGUGCUGACUUCACCCCCAGAUGUUAAUCAGCUUGAAAAGUUCUGUAACUUAGAGUCAAUUGGAAUAGUACCCGAAGAAAGCAGUUCUCAUUCAAAUUAUCUUCGGGAGUAUCAGAAAAAAUGUAUAACCUUCAAAGAAGGAAGGUAUUCUGCUAUGGUACCACGGAGACCUGACCAUCCAACACUACCAACCAACUACAACAUCGCAAAACGUAGAACACAGAACACUAUCUACAGAUUGAAACAACAGCCUGAGAUGUUACAAAAGUACGGAGAAAUCAUAAAUGAACAAGAAAAGAGAGGCUUUAUAGAGAAAGUUCCCAACGCCGAGAUCCCGUCCAGAAAUGCUCAUUACAUUCCCCAUCAUGGAGUGAAAAAAGAAUCUACGACAACACCUAUUCGUAUUGUGAAUGAUUGUAGCUGCAAACAGUCACGUGAUCUUCCAAGUUUGAAUGAUUGCCUAGAAUCUACCUCACCCGUAUUAAAUGACUUGAUAAGUAUCCUCAUCCGCUUCCGUCAACACAAAUACGCCGUAUCCACUGACAUAGAAAAGGCAUUUUUGCAUGUGCAAUUGAAGGAAAGAUCGAGAUUUCACGAGAUUUUUGUGGCUGAGUAA